AUGUCAAAACUAGACAUACAAUUGGUGGAACCAGUAAUUUCCUUCAGAGGAGGACCCCGGGAAGCAAUAGGAUGUUUCUUGCGUGGUGAUCUGAUAAUACAUCUACAGAAACCAACAAAAGUAAAAUGCAUCGAAUUGAAAUUUAUGGGAAGAGAAAAAAUAGGCUUUUCUGAAGGCACCUGUCCGAUCAGAAAUGCAGGCGCAAUACGCGAGGAGCGCGAACUUAUUUCUAACACAUGGACCUUUCUCGACCCAAUUCCCACAAAACUAACCGCCUCCGCCACACGCUUCCAUCUCCUUCGCAAAUCAAAUCCGAAAUCGAUGCAAUCUCGCCUCUUACCCGCCGGAAAACAUACAUAUCCAUUUGAAAUAUUUUUACCUGGAAAUUUACCCGAAACAAUCAAGACCGAUCACGUCCAUGUCGAGUAUACGUUAGAAGGAAAGUUAAUGACGAAUGGCGUGUUUCCCUGCCGAAAGAUAAAGAAACACAUCGAGGUUGUGAGAACAAUACCAGAUCAUUUGAAUUCACAAGGCGUCGCGACGGCUCGAGAGAUCACAGACACCUUUGCCUAUGAAAUAUCACUUCCCAAGCUCGCAUACCCUAUCGGACAAACCGCACCGUUAGACAUAAAGAUAUCACCACUGAGCAAGCACUUUGUACUCCACGGUAUCAAAGUCGAAAUACACGAGAAGUGCGUCUACCACAUAAGAGGACGCGAUGUCACGAGCAAUAAUAUAGUACUAUCAGAAGCGUUACCGAUCUUUGACAAAACAAUCCUGUCGGAAGACGGCACUGAUGGCUUUUUCUACGGACGCACGCUACCCCUCAAACUUCCGAAAUUCUCGUCUCUCGUACACCCAUCGUGCGAUACGUCCACGUUAACAAUCACUCAUCAGAUGAAAAUAGUCUUUAUCGUAUCUGCGCCAAUAUUGGCAACGCACAAGAUGCAGAUCAAAGUUAACAUGAAUGUGAAAAUGUUAUCGUGCAAGUGCAUGGACGACCACGAUGUCGCUUUACCUAAUUACGACGAAGACAGCUGUUAUUGUCCUCUCGAUCCUGUUUAUCAGAGAAUGGCACAUUUGGUGUUGGGCGAUGUCGAUGUUGAUCUUGAUGAUGCACCGCCGGAUUACGAGAAAGCCAUUGCUGAGGAGCGGAUACCGUCGGAAGAAACAAGAGCAUGA